UUUUGUAACACAGACAUGUUGCUGCCUCCUCGUGUAAAGAAACGUGAUCUGAGCUUCCACGAUUCACGCUGAGUGUUGUUCUGUGUCCACGGCGAGCUCACACGAGACCACAAGAAGCGAAACCUCUGUGCACUUAUUUUAUCAUCUCUUCUGAUGUCGACCAUACGCACUAUCAUCUGUCUACUGAGGAAUGAUCUACGUUUUCACGAUAAUGAGCUAUUACAUUGGGCUCAGGGGAAUGCAGAGCAAAUUGUUCCGCUGUAUUGUUUUGAUCCUCGACACUACCUCGGGACCCACUGUUACAACUUUCCAAAGACGGGUCCCUUCCGGCUCAGAUUCUUGCUAGAAAGCGUGAAAGAUCUGAGGGACACGUUGAAGAAGAAUGGCAGCAAUCUGCUGGUGAAGAGAGGAAAGCCAGAGAACGUUGUCAGUGAUCUCAUCAAGCAGCUGGGAUCAGUAACUGCUGUGGCUUUUCAUGAGGAGGUUACAAAAGAGGAGCAAGAUGUGGAGACUGAAGUGACGCGUGUGUGUGCCCAGUUCAAGGUUAGAGUUCACACUUGCUGGGGAUCGACACUUUAUCACAGAGAAGAUCUGCCCUUUAAUCAUAUUGCCAGACUUCCUGAUGUGUACACUCAGUUCCGGAAAGCAGUGGAAACUCAGAGCCAAGUGCGGCCAACCAUUCGAAUGCCUGAGCAGCUGAAGCCCUUCCCACACAAUCUGGAGGAAGGUCCAAUCCCAACACCUGAAGACCUGGGGCAACCCAAUGCUGUGUCAGACCCACGUACAGCUUUCCCUUGUAUUGGAGGAGAGACCCAAGCCUUAGCUAGGCUGAAGCAUUAUUUCUGGGACACGAAUCUAGUGGCGUCCUAUAAGGAGACUCGCAAUGGGUUGAUUGGAAUGGAUUAUUCAACUAAAUUUGCCCCAUGGUUAGCUUUAGGCUGCAUAUCACCCAGGUAUAUUUAUGAACAAAUCAAGCAGUAUGAGAAGGAAAGAACUGCCAAUCAGAGCACAUACUGGGUCAUUUUUGAGUUACUGUGGAGGGAUUACUUCAGAUUUGUGGCUGUGAAGUAUGGGAACAGAAUUUUCACUGUAAAAGGUCUUCAACAGAAGUCUGUAUCUUGGAAGAAGGAUGUUAAACUUUUUGAUGCCUGGAAAGAAGGAAAAACAGGUGUUCCAUUUGUAGAUGCGAACAUGCGGGAGCUGGCACUGACUGGCUUCAUGUCCAAUAGGGGACGACAGAAUGUUGCCAGCUUCCUCACCAAGGACCUGGGGAUAGACUGGAGGAUGGGUGCUGAGUGGUUUGAGUUUCUCCUGGUAGACUAUGAUGUGUGCAGUAACUAUGGAAACUGGCUGUACAGUGCUGGCAUAGGAAAUGACCCCCGGGAGAACAGGAAAUUCAACAUGAUCAAACAAGGGCUGGACUAUGACAACAACGGAGACUAUGUGCGGCUAUGGGUCCCAGAGCUGCGUGGCUUGAAGGGAGGAGAUGUGCAUGCUCCCUGGGUCCUCAGCAGCGCCUCACUGGCCGACGCCGAAGUCUCUCUGAACCAGACAUACCCCGUGCCCAUGGUCGUUGCUCCUGAGUGGAGCCGGCACACCACCAGCAAGGCAAGUGGCGGGGGACUGAGUCAGAAGGGGAAAAGGGGCCCAUCUCACACCCCAAAACAACACAGAGAUCGAGGAAUCGACUUUUACUUCUCAAGGAAUAAUAAAAAACUGCAGUGAGGGAACAUUUUGCCUGUGAAAACACUGUUGGACUUUAUGCUUAUAUUCCUUUUAGACAGGCAAACAGCAUCUGCAAGAAAAGUGGAAUAAAGCACUGAGGCCGAAACUACAGGCACUACAGGAUGUGGGGGACACAGGGCAGCCACAGAGAAAACCAGUACCAAUAUAUUUUUUUACUGAAGUGGGAUUAACAGAGCUACCUUUAUUGCAAAUAUGUUACAUUACAUAGGAGUGCUAUGAGGAUUUCUUUCUCAAUCAAAAGGAUUAUAUACCCAUCAGGGAGAUUAGGCAGAUAGUCAUUUCUGUGAUUUAGCCAUUAACGUGUUUUGGAUUACUGCACAAAGGAAAAUAAAUCAGGGUAUGUUUUGUUGUAUAAAACAAUAAUAGAUGCACGCAUAAUAUAAAACGGGUGAGAAAAAAAAGAAACAUGGGUUGCAUGCAUAUUAAUCACUCUUCACACACCUGUACAAACCCCAUUGUGUAAUUCAGUAGGUUUUCCUCCACUUUGACCAGGAUUUGGUUGACACCCCUAUCCUCAAUAUAGGUGAUCCACAUCUGUGUUGCGGGGGUGUUCUCCCAAAAGUGGGUGUUGUCAAGCCAAGAAACAUAAAAUGGGUUAUUUUAACAGUGUAAGGAUGGAUCAGCUUUCAAAUUAGCCGUGAAUGGGAAUGCAGCUAGCAACCUAAAUACAUUGUUCUAUGAACUUAAUGACCUACUCUGACAAAAGAUAAAAAUGACCAUUGUUCUCAGUAAGUGUAAGUGUUCUCCUUAGAUCACAGAAUCAUCUUCCCUGUGAACUAGCAGCAAUUUCCUGUCAUAUCUGUAGUUAUUUCUCUUUUCUUACACAACACAGUGUAAUCAUAGGUCAAGUUUGUUUUUCGUUUUACAAGAUUUUGAGAAAUUAAAUAGCUUAAUUAAACCAUAA